AUGGAUCCCACCAAAGCACCCGAUUUUAAACCACCACAACCAAAUGAAGAGCUGCAACCACCGCCAGACCCAAAGCACACUAUACCAAAAUCCGGGCCCAUAGUUCCAUAUGUUUUGGCUGAUUACAAUUCUUCGAUUGAUGCUCCUUUCAAUCUUGAUAUUUACAAGACGCUGUCAUCAAGGAAGAAAACUGCUAACUCAGGCAACCGAAUGGGCCAUAUUCCAUUAAAUACUAGUGACUUUCAGCCACUCUCUCGGGAUGUGUCAUCGGAAGAAGAAAGUGAAGGACAAUUGAACGGCAUUGACUCUACUCUGCAGGAUGUUACAACGACAAGCAAUUUAGGCGUAUUAAAGAGCCAAAUUGCUGAUUUGGAAGAAGUUCCACACACGAUUGUGAGACAAGCCAGAUCUAUAGAAGAUUAUGAGUUUCCUGUGCACAGACUAACAAAAAAACUUCAAGAUCCUGACAAGCUGCCCCUGAUCAUUGUUGCCUGUGGAUCGUUUUCCCCAAUAACCUACUUACAUUUAAGAAUGUUUGAAAUGGCUUUGGACGAUAUCAACGAACAGACGCGCUUUGAAGUGGUUGGUGGUUAUUUCUCUCCGGUUAGUGACAACUACCAAAAGCGAGGGUUAGCUCCAGCUUAUCAUCGCGUCCGUAUGUGUGAAUUAGCAUGCGAAAGGACUUCAUCUUGGUUAAUGGUUGAUGCUUGGGAAUCUUUGCAAUCAAGUUAUACAAGGACCGCAAAAGUCUUAGACCAUUUUAACCAUGAAAUAAAUAUCAAGAGAGGUGGGAUCACAACCGUGGAUGGUGAAAAAAUGGGCGUUAAAAUCAUGUUACUGGCAGGGGGUGAUCUUAUCGAAUCCAUGGGUGAGUCUCAUGUGUGGGCUGAUUCCGACCUGCACCAUAUUUUGGGUAAUUAUGGAUGUUUAAUUGUAGAAAGGACUGGUUCAGACGUUCGAUCCUUCUUGCUCUCACACGAUAUCAUGUAUGAACAUAGAAGAAAUAUCCUUAUUAUCAAACAGCUUAUUUACAAUGAUAUCUCGUCUACAAAAGUUCGUCUUUUCAUCAGACGUGGAAUGUCAGUACAGUACCUUCUUCCUAAUUCCGUCAUCAGAUACAUCCAGGAAUAUAAUCUGUACAUUAAUCAAAGCGAACCUGUCAAACAGGUAUUAGAUAGCAAAGAAUGA